AUGACAUCAUAUUGGAAUUGGUGUCAAAAUUGUAAUGCCUCUCAUUUUCGUGAUAAUUUUCCAAACUGGUCCAGUGGUAACUCUUCAUUGGAUCAAUUAAUUCAAGAAUCUCAGUUACAAGCCGAAUGCAGUGAACAAAUAAUGGAAUGGAUACCUUUUGAAAAGUUUAAGGAUAUUAAAUUUGUGGCUCAGGGUGGGUUAGGUGAAGUAUUUUAUGCGAUUUGGGAAGACGGGCAAAUUUAUAAUUGGGAUGUGAAUCUGAAAGAUUGGAAACGAAGAGGAGAGCAUGCUGUUGCUUUAAAAAAAGUGAAAAAAACUGAGAAUACUUCUGAAGAUUUUUUGAACGAGUUGAAAUCAUUACACUCGAUCACUCAUUUAAAAAUCUCUUUCGAAGUGGCACAUUGUUUUGGUAUAAGCAGGGAUCCAAAAACAAAUGAAUUCAUAAUGGUAAUGUCAUUCGCCGAAAAUGGUGGUCUUCGAAAUUACCUAAGAAAUCAUCAUUUAAGCAUAGAUUGGCCAACUCGUGUUAGUUUCUUAUUAAAAAUCCUUCAAGGUCUCGAAACAAUUCAUAAUGCUGGUUUAAUACAUGGUGAUUUUCAUAGUGGUAAUAUCCUAAUGGGAAAAAAGUAUCCAAUGAUUUCUGAUUUUGGAUUAAGUCGUGUAUGUUGGGACGCUGAUCCUGCAAAGCGACCAACUUCCAAUGAUUUGAAAGUAAUAUUAGACAAGUGGUAUGCUUUGACAUGUACUAAUAUUAUCGGUGAUCGAGUUGAUUUGGAAACUAUAAGAGAUUUUAGAGAUGCUGAAAAUGAGAGAAUUAGAAUGAUGGAUGCGAGCGGUGACGGGAUGUUUGAGACUGGAGAGUUUAAUAGACAUAAAGAUGCGGUUUAUACCAGUAGAUUGAUUCCAACGAUGGCUCUUGCACAAAACUUGGAAAAUAAGAUGAGACGAGAAGAAGUUGAAG